AUGCCGAAGCAAGAGGUCGGAUCAACAAAAUGGCUUGGCAACAAAAUGAAGGCCAAGGGCCUCCAAAAGUUGCGAUGGUAUUGCCAGAUGUGUCAAAAGCAGUGCCGGGACGAGAACGGCUUCAAGUGUCAUCGGAUGUCGGAUGGGCACCAACGACAAAUGCAGCUUUUCGUACAAGAUCCGAACCGAUUUAUGGACGAAUUCUCUCAGGCAUGA